UCUCUUUCUCUUUCAUUUUUCCCUCUCUCUGUGCUAAAAAAGCCGCCAUGAAAGUACCUGAAAACGAUCCGACUAACCCCAUUCACUCCAAUUCCCUACUCCUUCAAUCUCUUCUUGAUUCUAUUCCCCACACCCAAAGCUUCAAAGGCAAAUGGUCUUUAAUCAGAGCCAAACUAUCUAUACUCCAGUCUCACCUUUCUGACCUUUCCACUGCCCCCAUUAACGCUUUCCACAAUCCCCUUUACAAUGACCUACUUCUUGCGCUUUCUGUUACUCUGAAGGACGCUUUUUCCCUCUCUUCCAUUUGCCACAGUGCGAACCCGCCUGAAGGUAAACUCAAAACCCAGAAUGAUAUCGAUUCGGUUUCUGCAAAAAUUGAUAACCAUGUAAGGGAUUUGGAGGUUCUUGUUAAGAAUGGGGUUCUUCAAGAAAACGGUGCUGUUUCGACGAAUAUUACAUCGAAGAGGGAGACUAUACGGGCGGAAUCGAGGAAUCUGAUAACUCGGCUUCAGAUCGGGACGACUGAGUCGAAGAACUCGGUGUUGGAUUCGUUGCUUGGGUUGUUACAGGAAGAUGACAAGAAUGUAUUGAUUGCAGUAGCUCAAGGGGUUGUUCCGGUGCUUGUGCGGUUACUCGAUUCCAGCUCUUCGCCGGAGAUCAAGGAGAAAACAGUCAUCGCCAUUGCUAAAAUCUCAACUGUUGAUUCAAGCAAGCAUGUUUUGAUCGCCGAAGGUUUGUGUAUUCUCAACAAUCUUUUAAGGGUUCUUGAAUCUGGGAGUGUUUUGGGGAAGGAAAAUUCAUGUAUAGCUUUGCAAGCAUUGGGUCAUACAAAGGAGAAUGCAAGAGCAAUUGGGUCAAGAGGAGGAAUUUCAUCAUUGUUAGAAAUUUGCCAAACGGGAACACCCAAUUCUCAAGCUAUGGCAGCUGCAGUGCUAAAAAAUUUAGCUGUUUUCGAAGAAAUUAAAGAGAAUUUCCUUGAAGAAGACGCAAUUAUGAUCCUUUUAAGGUUAUCCAAUUCGGGGACAGCAUUAGCCCAAGAAAAUGCAAUUUCUUGCUUGUCUAAUUUGAUUUCUGGAGAUACCAAUAUGAAACUCUUGGUUGCCAGGGAAGGUGGAAUCGAAACCAUCAAGAAUUUCUGGGAUUCUGCUCCUUCAGUGCAGAGUCUAGAAGCCCUUGUUCUUAUGCUAAGAACGUUAGCUUCUUGCCCAUCAAUAGCUGAUGUAAUUGUGGACAAUGAAUUUUUACCUCGAAUUGUCGGUGUUCUGAAUUGUGGGGUUUUAGGUGUUAGGAUUGCUGCAGCAAAUGCAAUUUAUGAUUUGGGAUACAACACAAGAACCCGAAAAGAAUUAGGCGAAAUCGGGUGCAUUCCACCACUGGUGAGACUCACAGAAGGUAAAUCCGUGGAAGAGAAAGAAGCAGCUGCAAGUGCAUUGUCAAGUUUGAUGAUUUACGCCGGAAAUAGAAAGAUUUUCAGGAAGGAAGAAAGGGGUAUUGUGAAUGCAGUUCAACUUUUAGAUCCUGUGGUACAAAACUUAGACAAAAGACACCCUGUUUCGUUAUUGACUUCGCUUGUUUACUCCAAGAAUUGCCGGAAACAAAUGGUGGCUUCAGGGGCUUGUGUGCAUUUACAGAAGCUAGCUGAGAUGGAGAUUGAAGGAGCUAAAAAGCUCUUGGAUUGUCUUGGUAGAGGCAAACUAUGGGGAGUUUUCACCAGACAUUGAGCAGCAACAACAACAGUAAAACAACACAAGGAAAAUGCAAUCAAUCAAUCUGUAUGUAUAAAUAAAGAUCAAGUUUUUAUUUUUCUAAAUUAAAUCUUACGAUUACGAAUGUAAUUUUCCAAAGUUUUUUGUCUUUUUCUUGAUCAUGUUCAUAGAUUGUGGUUAUAAGUUAGUGGUAGAAGAAAAAAAAGUAAAUGUUGGUGAGUAGGCUAGAUAUUUGCUAAGUACUAGAUAGAAGAGAAGUUUUAUGUAAUAUCUUUGGGUUGUUGACCUAACUUGAUAGGUUUUUCCUUCUUGUUUUUCUACCAAAUAAAUUAAGUGAAGAAGUCUUCUCUUUGA